AUGGGCGCCGACCGCCUCCUCCACCUCGUCCGCGCGCCGGCGGCCGCCCCCGCGGGCCCCCUCCGCGGCCACCCCCAGCCGCGCAGCCGUGUCCGCCUCCCCACGACGCCCGCCGCCGGGAUGCGCCGCGUCGCCGUCUCCUGCUCCGGCUCCGGCCCCGCCGACGAGGAAGGCAUGACCUACAAGGGCGCCGGCGUGGACAUCGACGCCGGCACCGAGCUCGUGCGCCGCAUCCGCAGGCUGGCCCCCGGGAUCGGCGGCUUCGGCGGCCUCUACCCCCACGGGGAUGAGUACCUUGUGGCUGGUACUGAUGGAGUUGGGACGAAGCUGAAGCUCGCGUUUGAGACCGGUAUUCAUGAUACCAUCGGGAUUGACCUGGUUGCUAUGAGUGUCAAUGACAUUGUAACUUCUGGUGCGAAGCCAUUGUUCUUCCUAGAUUACUAUGCUACGAGCAAGCUCGAUGUUGACCUUGCAGAGAAGGUCAUCAAGGGGAUUGUGGAUGGAUGCCAGCAAUCAGAUUGUAUUCUGCUGGGAGGAGAGACAGCAGAAAUGCCUGAUUUCUACAAGGAAGGUGAAUAUGAUCUGAGUGGUUUUGCUGUGGGUGCGGUAAAGAAGGAUAAGGUCAUUGACGGUAAAAACAUUGUGGAGGGGGAUGUCCUGAUUGGCCUUCCUUCCAGUGGGGUUCACUCGAACGGGUUCUCUCUCGCUAGGAGAGUACUGGACAAAAGUGGACUCUCCUUGACUGAUCCUCUCCCAAGAAAUGAUGGUGUAACAACUACUGUUGGUGAAGCUCUCAUGGCACCAACUGUCAUCUAUGUCAAGAAGGUACUUGACAUUAUCGGCAAGGGUGGUGUAAAAGGACUAGCCCAUAUUACUGGUGGUGGCUUUACUGAUAAUAUCCCAAGAGUAUUUCCUAAAGGACUUGGGGCGAAAAUUGUCACUGGGUCGUGGCAAGUGCUGCCUGUGUUCCAGUGGCUUCAACAGGUUGGCAAAAUCGAAGAUGCGGAGAUGCUGCGAACGUUCAACAUGGGCGUCGGGAUGGUCCUUGUAGUGAGCAAAGACGCAGCGGACAGAAUCCUCGAAGAGUCGAGCCCUGCUUACCGCAUCGGAGAGGUGAUCCAGGGCGAGGGGGUUCAGUACGUCUGA